AUGGUUGUCGCUCAGUCCAUGAACGAGAUUACUGAUGAAAUGUUAAGAGUCGGACAUACCAUUGACGACAUGCUGCUUCAUUGCUCCAUCAACUCAAGACGUUGUAAUUCGAGUGACUUUGUGCAUUUCAAGAGCAGCCAGUUUGGAAACUGUUACACAAUGCAGUCCAAUAGGUUUGUUGCCACUGUACCAGGGCCAGCCUAUGGUCUGACACUGAUGUUGAACCUAGACAGUAAUGAAUACAUCAGUCCGUACAGCAGUGGUUAUGGACUGAAGCUGUUGGUACAUGAGCAGGGGACAUAUCCAUUUAUAGAAGAACAAGGAGUGACCUUAGCACCUGACUGGACAUUCAUCAGUCUUAAGCAGAAAAAGAUAAAACGACGGGAGUAUCCACAAGGAAAUUGUGGCAAGUACCUAGAAUACAAGACCAAGUAUGGAAUAGAGUACAGCAGAAUGGCGUGUGAGCAAAUUUGUCUUAUCACGCUAACCAAAGAUAUAUGUGGCUGUGUAACAGGAUUCGUGUCUAUUGACAAAUCUAUUGUCACCAACUCCACAGCAACGUGUAAAGAGAAUUAUGUUAUAUGCUCGUUAAUGGUACUGGAAGCUCAAGUGAGGGGAAGCUUACCAUGUCCAUGCACAAAUCCAUGCAGCGAGCUCCACUUCUCCACCACUGUGUCAAGUCUUAGCUGGCCACAUGAAGAGUACUUGAAACGUGAAUUGAUACCUCUGAUGUGCAUGAAGGGUCGGGAUUUGAAAAUCAAGGAAGCAACAGGUUACAACUGCAGUGAAAUUCGAGCAUCCAAUGGCGACUUACCGCUUAACAUGAACAAACUUCUGGGCAACUUCUUGAAACUAGACUUGUACUUCAAGGAAUUGAGCUAUGAGCAUAUUGAAGAGUUAUCUGCAUAUGAUAGCGUACAGUUUCUGUCCGAUAUAGGUGGUACGGUUGGACUGUUUGUAGGCGCAUCUGUCCUUAGUGGAGUGGAACUGAUCCAGCUUCUAGUGGAAUGCUGUCGGUAUAUCUUGUUCAGACUCCGCAACAAGCGAUGAUUUUUUU